CAACACCCCUGUCCCCGGCACGCAAGCACCCCCGCCCGCAUGCGACUCAGCGGCCGGCUGGUCGGGGGGUUAAGGUGACCUCCCCAGGCUGUCAUGUGCGUGCCAGCCACUGGCCCGUGCUUGCAUGUCGUAGUCGCAGUCGUCGUCGCCGCAACCAACCCAGCCAACCUGGAACUUUGACUUUGACAAACAUCAAGCAACAAGUAAAUACCAACGACUAGCCGGGGCGUUCAGGUCUCAGCCCAAAACUGCCAUCACCAUGUCCAACCCCCUCGACACCGACGCCGGCACCGAGCUCUUCAAGCACUACGAAUCAGAAUACCUGCUCGUCCGCGCCGACCUGACCCAGAAACUCGACCAAAUCAAUGAGCUAUCCGGCGAGCCCAGAAAGGCCGCCCUCAGCGCGGCAGAGCGGGCGCUGGAGGAAACCGACGAGCUAGUGGGCCAGAUGCAGAUGGAGAAGCAAAACGUCCCCUCGUCUCAGCGCACAGCAAUCAACAGACGGAUCCGCGACUACAAGAGCGAUGUCGAUGGAUACAGGCGAAAGCUGCGGACUCUGGCCGAGGACAGGAGUGCGCUUUUUGGGGGACGGUACACGGACAAUCCCGGUGGUGCUUCUGGGGAUGCGCAGCUGGAGCAGAGGCAGCAGUUGUUGUCUGGGACCGAUCGUUUGGACCGCAGCACUCAGCGCCUGAAGGCUAGUCAACAGCUGGCGAACGAGACCGAGUUCAUCGGUGCCAACACUCUGGCCACGCUGCAACAGCAGCGCGAGACGAUUGAGCACACCACGCGCGUUAUGUACGAGAGCGAGGGUUAUGUCGAUCGCAGUUUGAAGAGCAUCAAGGGCAUUGCCCGUAGGAUGGCUACCAAUCGGAUAAUCACCAUCGCCAUCAUCACCGUCUUGGUUUUGCUCAUCUUUGCUGUCAUCUUUAGCAAGUUCAAAUGA